UUACAAUGGCUAAUGACACUGUUUUUCUCUCUAUAAAACCUAACAAGCUUUCCUUUCUCCAGAACUCACUGCAAUACAAGCAUCGAGUCUGCAACGAUGACACUUUCAUGUAUUUUUUCUAUUUUAUUUGCUAUGAUAUGCAUUUCUCUAGUUGCAACAGAGGGAUCUCAGCUGAUACUUGUGAACAAUUGCAAAGAAACAAUAUGGCCUGGAACUCAAGGCGGUGCAGGGCAUCCUAGUCCGAAUAAUGGUGGUUUUGUUCUGAGCAGUGGGCAGGAAGUGGUUAUGGAUGUGCCUGAUAAAUGGUCUGGGCGCCUUUGGGCUAGGCAAGGUUGUCGAUUUGAUCUAAAUGGAAAAGGUUCUUGUGACACUGGUGAUUGCGCUGGCCUGUUACACUGUCAAGGCAUGGGAGGUGUUCCACCAGCAACGGUUGUAGAAAUGACACUUGGAUCCUCCGUGUCCCCCUUGCAUUUUUAUGAUGUCAGUCUAGUUGACGGCUUCAACUUGCCGAUCUCAAUGGCACCUGUCGGUGGUGGCAUUGGUUGUGGCAGGGCGGCGUGUGAGGUAGACUUGAACAUAUGUUGUCCCUCAGCAUUGGAAGUCAAGGUUAAUGGCAAAGUUGUGGGGUGUAAAAGUGCGUGUUUAGCCAUGGGGUCUCCUAAGUAUUGUUGCACAGGGGAGUAUGCUAAUCCGAAAACUUGCAAGCCCACUCUUUUCGCGCAUUUGUUCAAGGCUAUCUGCCCGAAAGCAUAUAGUUAUGCUUUCGAUGAUUCUUCUAGCCUUAACAAAUGCAGAGCUUCGCGGUAUGUUAUUACUUUCUGCCCUCCCAAAUGAGCUGUGUCUUGUGCAGAAACUAAAGUCACAGUUUGAGCCAGCCAUGUUUUGGAUGUAAACUGAGGCUAUAUGAGAUCAUAGUGGUUCAAGUAGUGUGUAAUUUGGUUCUAUAUAGAUCUUAACUUGUUUGUAAAAUUAUGUAACCUCUUGUGUUAUAGUAAGCUGCAAGUUUAGUUUGAGUAGGGUUGUCUUAAGUAGUAGUAAUUGUUAUUAUGUUCAUGUCAUUUUUCAUGCUACAGAACAGAAGGCAUGAAAAUACCUUAAUAUAAUGCAUAAUUGCUGGUCCAAA